AUGGAACACAUUGGGCAGACCGACAAAAGAGCUAAAAUGGGGCUCUUACAGUCUGAUGAGUUAUACAAGUAUAUACUGGAGGGCAGUGUGUUCCCAAGAGAAGCAGAGCCUCUCAAGGAGCUACGGGAAGUUACGGCGCGACAGCCGCUGAACUUCUUGAUGACUGCACCGGAUGCAGGUCAGUUUAUGGCCUUGAUCUUGAAGACACUGAAUGCGAAAAAGACGAUUGAAAUUGGAGUUUACACUGGAUACUCUCUUCUCCUGACUGCUCUUUCAAUUCCUGAAGAUGGAAAGGUUUUAGCCUUGGAUAUAAAUAGGAAAACAUAUGAGAUUGGGUUGCCAUAUAUUCAAAAAGCUGGUGUUGAACACAAAAUUGACUUCAUUCAGUCCCAAGCUCUUCCGGUUCUUGAUAAACUUUUAGAAGAUAAAGAGAAUGAAGGGGGUUUCGACUUUGCUUUUGUGGACGCAGACAGGGAAAAUAUCCUGCAUUACCAUGAGAGGCUAAUGAAAUUGUUGAAGAUAGGGGGGAUAGUGAUCUAUGACAACACUCUCUGGGGAGGUACAGUGGCUAUGCCUGACCCAUCGUCGGCUCCAGAGGCCAGGAAACCGGACUGGCACCUCGCGGUUGAGUUCAACAAAGCAUUGGCAGCUGAUCUUCGCGUUCAAAUAGCGCAGGCUCCAUUGGGCGAUGGGAUCACCAUCUGCAGGCGUCUCUGCUAA